ACAGCUGCAGUUUGUCAAUCAACCGAGGUCACGUGACCUGACUCACGCCGCAACAACGCCGCAGACCGGAAAAACGCGGGCGACCUCUUGAUUCUGGUUCUGCUCGAAUAACGAUGGGAGUCAGCGGCAAGGUUUUCGGGCUGUGCAGCUACGAGACGACAAAGCUGGUCCGCAUCCACAGCGUCCGGCUGGGCUCGCUCAAGUGGACCCUGAACGCAACGGUGCUCCUAUUCAUAUGCGUGUUGAUGUUGUGGAACAGGAAGUACCAACAGUUUGAGCAGGUCGUGAGCUCCGUCACCGCCAAGGUGAAGGGGGUGGCCCGCAUGCAGGUGCCCGGGGAGGAAGCCGUCAUCUGGGACGAGGCCGACUACGGUGGACCCUCACAGGACAAGAAUUCUUUCUUUGUGGUCACCAAUGUCAUCGUGACCAAGAACCAGAAGCAAGGACGAUGCAGCGAGCCUCCCUCUAGUGGCCGUCGAUGUCAACAUCACGACGACUGCGAGCUAGGCGCCUGGGAGCCGCACAGCCACGGGAUACAGACGGGCUCGUGCGUCAGGUUCGACACGUUGGCCAGAACAUGUGAGGUGGCAGCCUGGUGUCCUGUCGAAGCCAAGCGCAAACCGCCGAGGCCUGCUCUGCUGGCGUCCGCUGUGAACUUUACGGUGCUCAUCAAGAACAACAUCCGUUUUCCCGCCUUUAAUUUCAUCAGGAGGAACAUCUUACCCGAGAUGACAGAGUCCUACCUGACCAGAUGUCAACGUGCUAACGAUUCUUUGUGUCCAGUCUUCACCCUGGGAGACGUCGUCCACCAGGCUGGGGAGAACUUCUCGACCAUGGCUGUGGAGGGAGGCGUGAUAGGCAUCCAAAUCAAGUGGGACUGCAACUUGGACCAUCUGCACAGACGCUGCCUGCCCGCCUACUCCUUCAGACGCCUGGACCAGAAGGAGAGCAAUAAGACUCUCUCACCUGGAUACAACUUUAGGUUUGCUAAGUACAAGACAGUGAACGGCGUGGAGGAGAGGACGCUCUACAAAGCUUUCGGCAUCCGCUUUGACAUCAUGGUCUAUGGACAGGCCGGAAAGUUUAGCUUCAUUCAGCUCGUUGUCUACAUCGGAUCGACUUUGUCCUACUAUGCUCUGACGACAGUUCUACUGGACUGGCUGAUCGGUACCAGUUGCUAUGCGGCCGAGGAGGGGCAGAACUACUCUGAGAAGAAAGUGGAGUCCAUCCCAAACAAAAAGAAGUGCAUCCUGUGCGUGUCAUACGUGGAUGAGGAAAAUAUCCGUGUUGUUAAGAUGUCUCACAAGAAACGCUUACAGGAUGUCAAAACCAUUCGCAUUCAGACACGAAGGGAGGAUGUAGGACACAUGAUGGCGACGCUCUGUUUCCUUCCUGACCAACAGCCUUCGCCCGGCACCCUCACCAAACCCCAGAACCGUCCUCCAAGUUGGUGCAAGUGCGGCGGCUGCAGCGGCUCCCCCCUCCCGCAGGAGGAGCUGUGCUGCCGGCGCAGCGAUGAGGGCGCCUGCGUGGCCACUUCGGUGCUCUUUGACAAGCUCUUGCUUCAGCGCCCCCUCCUGGAGGCGCUGCUCAUCUACAGAGAACCCCUCGCUCAAACGCCGCCCAGUGCAGCUGCCUUGCGUCGCUGCGCCUACAGCCAGUAUGUGGUUUGGAGGGUGGGCGUCCCGCCGACCGACGCCCGCCCCGCCAUCCCGCGUUGCUGCGUGAUGAGGAUCAGGGAGGCGUUCCCCAGUCCGGACGGACGAUACGGCGGUUUUGCGUUGGCUACCGAAGAGGAUAUGUGA